GUGACACUGUGUGUGUUGGAGGCUAUGUGUACGUGACAUUGUGCGCGCGUGUGAGAGAGAAAAACUGUGUUGGAGAGUACGUGUGUGAUGUGUGUGUGAGAGAGAUUCUGUGUGUGUGUGUGACUGUGUGUGUGAGAGAGACACUGUGUGAGACUUUGUGUGUGUGUGAUUGUGUGUGUGUGCCUGUGCCUGUGUCUGUGCCCGUGGCUGCGGGUGGGGGCUCGAGGAGCCCGUGUGGGCCUGUGGCUGGGUGUGGGUGCCACUUCAGCAUCCCCACAACUUAAUGCUUGGGGCUUCACUGUGGCCAAAAGCCAUCCUUGGUAAAUCGUCCACCUUAUGGUCAUUUACUGGUCUCCCCCUCCUUUAGGGUCUGGGGGAGAGGAGAGGAGGUAGCGCUUAGAAGAGCCCACGGGGGCAUCAUCUUUGAGCUCUCAAGCCCAGCUGUACUAGAAAGUGGAAACCCUCCCCAGGAAAAGGAGGAGAGGGGGUCCCUGAGAUCCCUCCCCACCAGGGACCCCUCCCCACCAGGGACCCCUCAGGAAGGCAUGAAGAAGCAGAUCCUGGAGGGGCUGAUGCCUCUGCAUCCAUCCCUGACCCUCCUCAGACCGGAUGGGCAGAGGAGACCCUGAACUCAGAGCAGUGAGAAGAAAGCCAGGAGGAGGUAACCAUGGAGGACGGAGGUGAGAGUUGUGGCAGAGCGUGGAGGAUUGGAGUCCUGCCCAGGUCAGAGGUGGUUUGUCAGGGAAGGAUCCAGGAGAGAGAGCACGAAAAAAGAAGUCAGCUAACGUAACUCAUUUCCCUUCUGGCCCUCUCUGCAGCUCAGGGCCUACCAUGAUCUGGCUCCCCAUGCUGGCCUCUGAACUGGCCCGGCACUCAUAGGCAAGAAACAAGUGUUGAUUUGUUAAGCAUCUACUAUGUUGUGUUCAGGGAAUGAAAGUUGGCAAUAGGAUGGGGGUCCCUGUGGAAGGGGGGCUGUAUUUCUGGUGCGUUGUAAGCAGUGAUUGGCAGCUGGAGAAGAGGCGUGGAGAACACUGAUGGAGAGGUGACCUAGAGGAUGAGACUGAGGAUGCAGAAAGACUUUGCAGAUGGAAAUAAAACCGUGUUUUACAGUCAGUCUGACCUUUCUUUCUCCUUCACCAGCUCAGUCUCAUCAAACAUUGGCUCUUCCCCAAGACAGGAGUAUGACAAGUGAGGAGGGAAUGACUUUUGGGUUCCUGACGGCAAGGAUUCAGGAAUUGGUGACGUUCAAAGAUGUAGCUGUGGACUUCACUUGGGAGGAGUGGAGCCGUCUGGAUCCUUCCCAGAGGGACUUACACAGGAAGGUGAUGUUGGAGAACUGUGAGAACCUUGUCUCUGUGGGAAUUCCUGUCUCCACGAUGGACAUGAUCUCCCUAUUGGAGAAGCGGGAUGCACCGUGGAUGCCAGAGGGAGAAGCCUUCAGUGGCAGCUGUUCAGAUUCCCUUAGUGAGAAGACCAAGUUUGAACCCAGAGAUUCAAAUCCAAGGCAGACCUUUUGCAUGGGAAUAUCAUCCAAGAUAAAACUGCACAAGGGUACAGUAGCCUUGCAUCCCAAGAUGAGAGAAGCCGGUGAACGUGAGGUUAAUGUAGAGGAGCUGAAGCACAACCAGGAGAGACAAUGGAGGCAAGGAAUAGGCACUCCCAGAACGAUUUGUAAUCAAAUGAAUGCACCUCAACACAAUGCUAGAAAUAGCAUUCUAAUGUCAGACUUGGUUGCAGCAUCAAAAGGGGUAAUGGGAGAAAAUCUCUAUAACUGUAAGUCUCUUGGAAAGAGCUUCAGGGGUGAUUUUCCUUACUUAAUUACAUAUGAUGCAUUGUCCCUCCAAAAGGAACUUUUUAAGUAUACCAAUUGCACGAAGCCCUUUAGAUACCGUUCAGACUUAAUUAAAUUUCAUAAAAUUCAUGUUGGAGAAAAGCGACACGAGUGGAAUGAAUGUGGAAAAUCCUCUGGCAGAAGGUCAGAUAUUAUUAAACAACAAAGAAUUCAUAGUGGAGAGAAAAGCAACAGUUAUUAUAAAGAUGAGAAAGGUUUCAGCCAUAAGGGAAGCUUGAAUAAACAUAAUGUAAUUUAUACAAGAGAGAAUUCUUUUGCGUAUAAUGAAUUUGGGAAAGCCUUCAGUGGGAAGGAAACCCUUACUUCACCUCUGAAAAUUCACACUGGGGAGAAAAUCUCUGAAUCUAAUGCAUGUGAGAAAAUUUUCAGCCAGAGGGGAAGCUGUAUUAGCCAGCAGAGAACUCAUACUAGAGGGAAUUCUUUUGUGUAUGAUGAGUGUGGCAUGAGCAGAAAGGAACAGCUUAUUGUGCAUCAAAGAAUUCAUAAUGAAGAGAAACCCUUUGCAUGUGAUAAAUGUGGAACAGGCUUCCAAAGCAGAGUAAGCCUUAUUGCCCAUCAGAAAACUCAUUCUGAAGAGACACCCAUUGCGUGUAAUGGAUACAGGAAAGGCUUCAGAAAGAGUGGGCAUCUUACCACACAGCAGGGAAUUCAUAUUGAAGAGAAACCCUUUGCAUGUCGUGAGUGUGGGAAAGCCUUCAGACAGAGUGCAUAUCUUGUUAUCCAUCAGAGAACUCAUACUGGAGAGAAACCCUUUACAUGUAAUGAAUGUGGGAAAACCUUUACCCAAAAGGCAAGCCUUAUUACUCAUCGGAGGACUCAUACAGGAGAGAGACCCUUUAUAUGUAAUGAAUGUGGGAAAACUUUUACACAAAGGGCAAACCUUCUUACCCAUCACAGGACUCAUACUGGAGAGAGACCAUUUGCGUGCAAUGAAUGUGAGAAGACCUUUACCCAGAAGUCGAGCCUUAUUACUCAUUACAGGAUUCAUACUAGAGAGAAACUCUUUGCUUGUAAUGAAUGUGGGAUUGCCUUUGCCCAAAAGGCAAACCUUGUUGUUCACAGAGGAAUUCAUUCCAGAGAGAAACCGUUUGCUCCUAAUAAAUGUGGGCAAGGCCCUCAAAAGAAAAGACUUAUCCAUCGGGGAACUCAUACUGGAGAGAAACCUUUUGAAUGUAAUGAAUGUGGAAUAGGCUUCCGAUACAAAGUAAACCUUAAUAUCCAUCAGAGAACUCAUACUGGAGAGAAACCCUUUACAUGUCAUGAAUGUGGGAAAGGCUUCAGACAGAGUGCACAUCUUAUGACCCAUCAGAGAACUCAUACUGGAGAGAAACCUUUUGCAUGUAAUGAAUGUGGGAAGACCUUUACCCAAAGGUCAAACCUUAAUAGCCAUCAGAGAACUCAUACCCAAGAGAAACUCUUUGCAUGUAAUGAAUGUGGAAAAACGUUUACUCAGAAGGGAAGCCUUGUUUCUCAUCAGAGGACUCAUACUAGAGAGAAGCAGUUUAUAUGUAAUGAAUGUGGAACAGGUUUCCUACACAGAGUAAGCUUUAUUGUCCAUAAAAGAAUUCAUACUGGAGAGAAACCAUAUAUAUGUAAUGAAUGUGGGAAAGGCUUCAGACAGAGUGGACACCUCAUGAUCCAUCAGAGGACUCACACUGGAGAGAGACCCUUUAUGUGUAAUGAAUGUGGUAAAAGCUUUACCCAAAGAUCAAACCUUACUAGUCAUCAGAGAACUCAUACUGGAGAGAAACUCUUUGCAUGUAAUGAAUGUGGGAAAGCAUUUACCCAAAAGGGAAGCCUUAUUACUCAUCAGAGAACUCACACUGGAGAGAAACAGUUUGUAUGUAAUGAUUGUGGAACAAGUUUCCUUCAUAGAGUGACCCUUAUUAUCCAUAAGAGAACUCACACAGGAGAGAAGCCAUAUGCCUGUAAUGAAUGUGGAAAAGGCUUCAGACAGAGUGGACACCUCAUUACCCAUCAAAGAACUCAUACUGGAGAAAAACCCUUUGUAUGUAAUGAAUGUGGGAAAACCUUUACACAAAGGGCAAACCUUACCAGCCAUCAGAGGAAUCAUACUGGAAACAAACUCUUUACAUGUAAUCAAUGUGGGAAAGGUUUUACCCAAAAGGCAAACCUUAGCACACAUCAGAAAACUCAUGCUAGAGAGAGAACCUUUGUGCAUAACGAAUGUGAGAGAACUUUUACUCGUAGGACAAACCUUAUUAGCUAUCGUAGAACUUCUGCAGAAUGAAAGUCCUUUAUGUGUAAUUAGUACAGAAAAGACUUCAGCUAGAGGAGAUAUUAUGUAACAGAGAAUUAAUCCUGGGGAGAAACUUUAUGUAACAAAUGUGGGAAUGCUUUCAGUGGAAGGGGAUGCCUCCUUGUAUAUUAGAGUACUUAUACUGGAGUAAAGCAUUUAAGUGUAAUAAAUAGAG